CUCUUUUCCUCUUAGAAAAAAACUUCUAACUGUCGUUGGUGUGGGCAGUCACUCCCAAUCCGUAGAUGUUGGGAAAAAGAAAACCUUCGAUUCAGAAAGUUUGGCAUUGGAAUGGCGAUCUCCACCUCUAGACUUGGAAGAAGGCGUUGGAUUGGCCAAAGAACAUGGCGCAAUCGAUUCCCUUUCAGAUUCUCUUCCCGCCGUCUCUUUCGUCUAACUAUCCUUUGCCUCGCUUUCAUCGCAAUUCUCCCUCCCAUUUACUUCCAUUUCAAGCUCAAGCGUUUUCAGCAGAUUCAACAAAAGAACUGCAAUUGGCUGACUCAUCCUCCUCUUGUCUGUGCUCAUGGCGGCGACUCAUCCAAGGCCUUCCCCAACACUAUGGAUGCUUAUACAAUAGCUCUUCGUUCUCAAGCCAACUGCAUUGAAGUUGAUGUUUCUCGUUCUUCAGAUGGAGUUUUAUUUGCACUUCAUGACAGGGACUUGCAGAGGAUAACUGGGUCCAAUACUUCUAAAGUUGGGAAUUAUAGCAGGAAAGAGAUAAAAAAUCUUGUUGCUGUUUAUCAACACACUCAUAAAUUGCUGGAUUUCAACAUUCCUACAAUUGAAGAAGCUUUGGGGUUAAUAUCAAAAUCAGUUCAGCAGGUGAUUCUAGACGCAAAGGUUGGACCACCAUCAUAUGAAAAUGGGCUUGCAAAAGAUAUCAUUUCUGUUGUUGAAAAGACACAAUGUAAGAAUUGUCUCGUAUGGGCUAAGAGUGAUAGCUUAGCAAGAGACAUAAUCAGAUCAUCAUUGGAUAUUAAGUUGCAGGUGGGGUAUAUCGUAAUGAAGGACCCAUCUACCGGGGAAAGAACCAACUUGCUGAGAAUGAAAGGAGCCAAGGUGGUUGGUGUCUAUCAUCCAUUGAUCGAUGGUGAUCUUAUGCGAAUACUGCACAGGAGAGAUAGAAAGGUGUAUGCAUGGACAGUUGAUGAUAUUGAAUCGAUGAAAAGAAUGUUAGUCGAGGGAGUAGAUGCUGUCGUUACAAGCAACCCGACAUUACUUGGAAGUGUAAUGCAAGAUACCAGAACUACAUGCCUUGAGAAUGGUUUUUCAAUUUCAUCAUGAUAUCGAUAUCCAUUUACAGAAGAACUUAAUUAAACUUUACCUUCCAACUUGUUCCUCAUAUCUUCUUUGGUUCUUUCUAACAAAUUGCUCUCUCUGAUUCAUUCCAUACUCUCUAUUAGUCUUCGAUAAAUCAGAUAUAUAUAAAAUUUAGGUUUUGUUUUC